AUGAGGAUCAUACAUCUGCUCAUUGCCACGAGCAAUGCCAUGAGACACAUGAAGCGCCAAUCCUUGGGCUUUGAUCCCACGACUCAAGCCGUCUCCGUCUCCGGCAAGCAUGUCUGGCAGGCACCAGAACCAGGAGAUAUGCGCGGUCCAUGCCCAGGUCUGAACGCCAUGGCUAACCAUGCAUACAUCCCACGUAAUGGCUUUGUGAGCAUUCCGGAAGUCGUAGAAGGCAUGUCCACCACGUACGGCGUAGGAUUUGAUUCUGGAACCGCCAUUGCCAUUCUUGCCGCUGUUGAAGCCGGUGAUGGCUUUGCUUCUUCGAUUGGAGGGCCUCCGCCGUYGGAUGCCGUUGUCGAAGGGCUGCUCGGACGACCUCUAGGCAUCUCUGCUGCUCAUAAUCGCUUCGAGGGCGAUGCAAGUAUCACGCGCGAUGAUCUAUAUCUCACUGGAGACGCACAUACAUUCCAACUACGACUUUUCAAAGACUUGCUUGACUUUGCCGGGGACAGGGAUGAGUUCAAUUUGGAUCUGCUAGGCGAUUACAGCGUUGCUAGAUACAACCACUCGCUCCACAACAACCCCUACUUCUUCCGAGGCCCCAUCAGCAUCUUAAUCCCCCCCGGUACAGCCGGUCUCGCAGCGAACCUCUUCUCGAAUAAAUCAGCCGAGCAUCCAAAUGGCUAUCUCAGCCGCUCUACAAUCAAAUCAUUCUAUGGAGUGACUGGCGAUGACAAUAAUCUCCAAUCCAAACCUGGCCAUGAGCGUAUACCCGAAUCUUGGUACAAGUGGAGUCCCACGACCCCUUAUACGGGCUCCUCGUUCGAUGCUGAUGUUGUGGCAUUCUACACCGCACACCCUGAAACCCUGGUAGCAGGCGGUAAUACAGGCACGCCGAAUUCCAUGACGUCUGUGGAUGUGGGAAAUUUGACUGGUGGCGUGUACAACGCAGAGAACGUCUUACAAGAUAACAACUUCAUAUGCUUCAUGUUUCAAGUCCUAGCGAUUACAACUCCCGACAUCAUCACCAACGGCGGCGUCAUCAAUGAUGUUCUCGGUCAGGUGAAUGCAAAGGUGCAGUCGGCGAUUGGUGAUGCGCUUUCGGGACUCUCAUGUCCGCAAUUGGCCAGAUAUGAUGAUGGUCAGCUGGGGAUCUUUCCUGGGUAUACUAGGUUCAAUGAUCGGACUGGCGCUUACUAG